AUGAACUUUCCGUGUACAAAAUCAAAACAAAUUAAACGGCAAAAUUCAAAAUUUGAUUUUUUAGUUAAAACGUCAUAUAAAUUGCCUUCAUUACAUAAUAAGGUAGAACAAGAAAAAAGAAAAUUAGAGGUGAAUAAAAUGAAAAUAACAAAUAAACUUUGGUAUAGAAAACAAAUUUCAGAAACUCCAAACAUUCAGGUUGAGCUUUCAUUAAUUUUCACGUCUCUUUCAAAAAUGGGAUCAAUUUCGACAAUACAACCAACUUCGUCAAUUACUUCACGAUCUACUUAUCAAGUAAUUCCGCAAAAACCUCAUAAAACACAGAAAAAAGCAAUAAAACCGUCAGAAAAUUCAUUAGGUAUAGAUAUCAGGAACUUUGAUUUGAAUUUCGAUACACAAAACCUUUUACAGUGGUUUGGCAAAGUUCUAGAGGCAAACGUUGUUUCAUCAUAUAAGCAAGAAGAUUUAAUGACAACACUUAAACUUGAAAAAGAUAGAAUAUCAACGUUGAAUCCAUUGUAUGAAAUAUACUGGGGGUCAUCAGGUGUUAACCAAGGAAUGCUAAAGCAAUCACAUUUUGAACUGAUGUUUAAACAAAUAUUACUCAUGGAAUUAAGUAAUUCACUAUCUAUCAAAAGAAAACAAUCUAAGAAUAAGAAAUCAUUUACUUUGCCAAUAAUUGAUAUCCCAAAACGAAAUGUAUCUUAUCAGACAUCAACUUCAAAAUAUAUGGUCAAGAAGCAAGAGAAUUUCCUAGUUCAUAAUGUAAACAUGCUUCUUGAUGAUUUGUAUAAAAAUUUUCAUUAUUCACAAGAUAAACUAUCAUUAAAAGAAUUAAUGAAAAUCAAAAAUGAUCGUAAAAAUACUUCAAACGCAAUAAACUUGUAA